UAGACAAGCGUCAGCUUUGUGGGAUCUCUUCUCAAGUUUUGACCAAUUCACAUACACAUCGACUGUCAUUUCAUUGCCGUUCAUUUGACGUGGACAUCGGUUUGAAGAAGGGCUCAGGGUUUCACCUCGCAUCGGGACAAAUAAAUCAAAAUGCCUGGACCAGCAGCAAGUGCAACCAAUGUUGGGGCGUCUAGCCGUUCCCCCAGUAAGACAGUGGCUCCCCGUGCAGCCGGCUCCACAGUCAGACAGAGGAAAGCUACCAGCAGCGGCACACGCAGCGGUGGCAGGACCACAGGAUCUGCAGGCACUGGUGGCAUGUGGCGCUUCUACACAGAAGACUCGCCAGGCCUCAAAGUCGGCCCGGUGCCAGUGCUAGUGAUGAGUCUGCUCUUCAUUGCCUCGGUCUUCAUGCUGCACAUCUGGGGAAAGUACACCCGCUCUUAAACUCAACCUGAUGACCUCCGACCCUGCGGCUUGACUUCUUAACAAAUUGGACCUGGACCAAACAGCAAAUGAACAACAACCUCACUCCUUUGGUUCCCUUCUGCACUACAACACACAACUUUUUUUUUUUUAUGCGACCGAUUCAGUACAUGAUCUUCAUCUGCACGGAUGUUGGUAUCCACCUUGUUGCUUUUGCUCUUCCCGUGUUUUUAAGAUCUGAAGGGUGAAUGGGAGGAAGCCACCACUGAUGUUAUGUCUGUGUGUGUAUGUGGCUCUCCCUCCAAGCAGUAUAUUCCCGCCACUGCUGCAUGAAGGUUCAGUGCAGUACUCAAGGACAUUGUUGUUUUCAGGCCCCAGCAAACAUUUCUUCUUCUUGCCUGAUUUUCAUUUUUUUUUUUGUUAACAGCAUUUGUACAAAUGUAAUUGUAAUAUUGUACAAUUAAAAAAAAGUAAAAAUCA